CACACACACACACACAUUCUACAUUCUACACACACAUACACACACGCCGACUGAUGCCGACGUUCCAAGUCCUUCCUAAUCUUGGAGCAGAGUUGGAUUAACCAGGAUGCAGCAGACGUACUUUUAUGUGUGAGGAGCCACCGUGGGCGAGCGAGGAGAGCAGACAAGAAAACCCAGGAAAGGGGAGGGCCACAAAAAGGGAUGUCGGCUGGCGAUGAACAGGACGGUGAGGCAGCAGUGCCGGUCUAUGUGUACGAAUCCAAAGUUCACUGUGCCAACGUGCUGUUGAGCCUGGAGGAGCAGCGGCGACAAGGCAUCCUGUGUGAUGUCACCGUGCUGGUGGAGGGCAGGGAGGUGCGAGCCCACAGGGCGGUACUCGCUGCGAGCAGCCGCUACUUCCUCCAAGCCUUGCUGGGACACAAGGGGCCGCCAGGUGAACAAGAGCCCAUCAUUAAUCUCCCUGACAAGGUGACCGCCAAGGGCUUUGCCCCUUUGCUCCAGUUUGCCUACACAGCCAAGCUGGUGUUAAGCCGAGAGAACAUCCACGAGGUUAUCCUCUGUGCCGACUUCCUGGGUGUUCACAACCUGGAAGACUCAUGUUUCCGCUUUCUUCAAGCGCAGCUGCAGAACGACAGCCAACUGAGCAGUAACGGCAAGGUGGAAUACGACGAUGACGUCACAGCCAAUGACGCUGUCUUUUCCGAGGCGUCAUACUCGGACGAUUCUACGGACAGCAGGCGGCAUAGCAGUCAUGUAGCAACCGACAAACCGCUUCCGGCAGACCUUCCGAAAUAUAUGAACUAUCAGUAUCAGCACAACGGUGAAACUCAUGAUGACGAUGACGCCAUCUUGGCCAACCAUUCCUCUGGCAGCCCACCAACACCUCUUAGCCCCUCCAGGAUCAAAGAGGAACCUGUGUUUCAGGACGAUCGGAGUAGAUACAACCCAGAACUGUGCACAGAAGAAGUGCUGGAGAUGGAACUAGAGGUAGAAGGGGUUCCAGUAGCAGAAGAAAAUUCUCCAAGCAGCCGCUCACCUUCCUCCUCCUGCCUGCAUUCCUACCUCCAAAGAGGAGGGCUGGAUCUUAGCGGCAUGCCGAGCACGACCAUUGAGCAGCUGCUUACCAAUAGACUGUCCUUCAACCACUACAGGGAAGUCGUUAAAGACAGGCAGAAAGACAAAAGGGAAAUAAUGGCAAACGUCAAUGAUGUUGAACCAACAGCCCUGACCAGCAUGGCACCUAAAGCCUCCUCGUCCAAAUAUGAGGCGGAGCUUGACAGACGCAGUGUCAUUUUCUCGUCGGCAGCAAACGAGCAACCAAUGAUGGCCCACUAUGGGAAUGAGGUCUCAGGCGCCAUGCAGGGAGCAACACUUUCUUCUGGCAGUGCGUGCCGCGCUCCUGUGAAGGCAUCCAACCAUUCCCCAGCACCAUCCGAGCCAAGAACGCAGACUUCCAGCUCGCAUUCUUCGUUUUCAUACCCGGAAGACGGCGGGAGCGGCAGCCCGUCGUCCAGCCUGCAGCAGUUUGACUUGUCCCUGUCGCCGCAGUCCGGUUCCAUCUCUGGACUAUCUCAUUGCCUGGCUGGCAUGGUGGAGCAAAGGGACACCCGCUGUCGGGAGCUUGUUAUUUCUCAGGGUUGUGCCAAUAUCAAAAGUGAGCAAGGAUUUGGUGCCAGUGAGGAAAACUCCAGCGAUGAGUCAGGGUCUUUCUCAGAGGGAGACAGUGAAAGUGGCCUGACCAGAGUCUCUGGACCUGAGGUAAAGCUGCCUUUCCCUGUGGAUCAGAUCACCAACCUGCCACGUAACGACUUCCAGGUCCUCAUCAAGAUGCACAAGUUGACCUCGGAGCAGCUGGAGUUCAUUCAUGACAUUCGCCGGCGCAGUAAAAACCGCAUCGCUGCCCAACGCUGUCGCAAGAGGAAGCUGGACUGCAUCCAGAACCUGGAGUGUGAGAUCCGCAAGCUGGUGUGUGAGAAGGAGAAGCUGCUGAGCGAACGCAAUCAGCUGAAGGUGUGCAUGUCAGAGCUGUGGCAGAACCUCUCCUUCCUCUCCCAGCAAGUGUGCAGAGACGUGCAGGGCGGCCAUUCGCCUCCCAUGUCCGCCAGCAUCGACCUCACAUCCAACCCGCCGUCGCCACCGCCGCCGCCGCCACCUGCCCACGACGACGACGACGGUGCGUUCCUGCCAAAGUCGCCUCCGGGAAACAAAGCGGCGUGUUUAUCGUCGGCGGGGGAACUGAAGGCAUCUUCUCACGCCAACGGACCUCUGAUGUUCGAGUCCACGCGGGAAGUGUUCAGCUCCUCCGUCACCGUGGAUUUCUGUCAGGAAAUGAUCCGGAAGUGCACGACGGAGGAACAGAAGAGACACGACGGUACUUAAUGUUUAUUUUUCAAAUACUGGACGGGAAUCUUUGCAGAUGUUUUUUGUCCUCUCAGCAAUAUUGUUCCACAGGUACCUUCUGGACCGGCAGCUUUGUGUUUCAUACUUCCUGUUAGCUUCCCUCCCCUCCUGCCAGCGUCACGGGGGGUCAAACUCAGGAAUUCUCAGAAUGUUCACCCAAGUCCUUUUCGACGUCUUUGUACCUUUUUACUUUACUACGCUAAAUACCCAUGCGUGCUCUCUUCCUGCUUUGCAUUCUGGGAAGUAACUUAUUCACUUUCAUUUUAUGGCCGGAGAAUAAUAUGAGGAGAAACAGUCGGCACCUACUCAGUGGCCUUGUGGUUAGAGUAUCCCUGCGAUGGGUAGGUUGUGAGUUCAAACCCCGGCAGAGUCAUACCAAAGACUAUAAAAAUGGGACCCGUUACCAUACUUGCCAACCCUCCCGAUAUUCCCGGGAGACUCACGAAUUUCAGUGCCCCUCCCGAAAAUCUCCCGGGGCAACCAUUGUCCCGAAUUUCUCCCGAUUUCCACCCGGACAACAAUAUUGGGGGCGUGCCUUAAAGGCACUGCCUUUAGCGUCCUCUACAACCUGUCGUCACGUCCGCUUUUCCUCCAUACGAACAGCGUGCCGGCCCAGUCACAUAAUAUAUGCGGCUUUAACACACACAAGUGAAUGCAAGCAUACUUGGUCAACAGCCAUU